GGGCACAGACCCCCGACCCCCCACCCCUCGGGGCCGUCAGGACGAGUCCCCCCAGCAGUUGUGGGGCUUUGGUUUGGGGACAGGAAGCUCUGAACCCGCUGCCAGUUCACACCAGCCCGGGGGGGCAGCGGUGCUUUGGCUUCCUGUCCCUUCCUCCGUGUGACCACUGCGGGUCCCCGGCCCUGAGCGGCGGGACAUGGAGGACCAGGACGGCUACACGGCCUUAGAGCAGUGGAGGAAACGAGGGGCUGCGGGGAGCCCCCCGUCCUCCCCGGGGGCAGCUGUAGGAUCUGACUUUCCAGAACCCCGGGGGGUCCCCACCACAGCCCCCCCCUGCUGUCCCCGCUGCCUCCUCGGGGCCCUGACGGCUGCCCUGGCGCUGUCCCUGGUGCUGUGGGUGUCCUGGUGGGUGGCAGAGAGGGCACAGCCCGAGGCGACCUCGGGGUGGGGGAACACCUCCCUGAGACCCCCCUGUGCCAGCCUGGACGGCACCUUCAGGGAGCUGAGGAGGAUCCUGUGCCCCCCGCGAGGUAACCCCCACCCCCCGGGGGUCCCAUCGAUGCCCCCUCCCCAAACUGGAGCCUCCCCCAGUCCCCCCACGGUGCCUCAGCGCACCGGGGUCCGUCUGUCUGUCUGUCUGUCCGCAGAGGCCGAGGGGUGCAGGCUCUGCCCCGUGGGCUGGAUGCUGGGCAGGACCAAGUGCUACUGGGUCUCGGAAAGGAUGAACUCGUGGCACGGGAGCCGGGAGGACUGCGGGGACCGCGGGGCCGCGAUGGCGAUGCCGUGGGACAAGGACGAGCUGGAUUCCCUCAAUGAGACCCUGAGGAAACCCACGCGCCACUUCUGGAUCGGGCUCUCGGUGCCCGCGCCCGGGAUGGGCUGGACGUGGGUGAACGGCUCCCGCCCGGACUGGAGCCGGCUGCCGAGUGCAUCCACCCCACAGAGCCCAGGGAACGUCAGCCCCAGGCCCUGAGGCUUCUCUGCAAGGAUGGGGAAAGAAACCCAAAAGCCAAAUUGUUCAGGCCAAGAGGAAGCCCUGAACAUCUGCAGUGAUGCAGAGGAACAGUCCAAAUGGGGGUCCUCCAGAACCGAGUCAGACCAGAGAACA